AUGUCGGCUCCACACCUCUCAAGCUGCUGCCGGUCUCCGUGUCAUGGUGGCUAUACAGGCGGAGUCACCUUUGUGCUGGGCGCUCUAGAUGGAGAUCCUGUGAAGUUAAAUCUCUUGAAAGAUUAUGUCUGUAAAUCUCUGUAUGGUCUGGUCCAUGGCUUCCGAGCAACCUCCUUCAACAUUAUCCAUUUCUCCCAUGUGAGACAAGUUGAUAUUAUUUACAAAGCUGUCAUAUUAAUGGAUCACGGUCUUGUUCCCUUAUCAGGAAUCAUGUCGGCUCCACACCUCUCAAGCUGCUGCCGGUCUCCGUGUCAUGGUGGCUAUACAGGCGGAGUCACCUUUGUGCUGGGCGCUCUAGAUGGAGAUCCUGUGAAGUUAAAUCUCUUGAAAGAUUAUGUCUGUAAAUCUCUGUAUGGUCUGGUCCAUGGCUUCCGAGCAACCUCCUUCAACAUUAUCCAUUUCUCCCAUGUGAUUAGUAAGUGGUGUGAUUGUGCUGUGACAUGGAGGCCGGACGUCGUGGCACAAGCCAUUUCAUGGACCCGAGGUCUGGUUUGCGGGUCAGGAGCCAGCCCUACUGGUGCCUUGGCUGCAGCAUUAGAGGAUCCAGUGUGCAAAACUGUAUACUUAGUGAUGGAUGCCCUUCCGCCCAAUGUGCUGACAGAUCUCUACAGUUUCCUUGCCCGGAAUGAGAGCGCCUGUGCUGUCAGUGUGGUGUACCUCACAGAAGAGCCCCGUGACAGCCAGGUGGAGGGGUCAUUCCGUGAGAUUCAUCUAAAGCCUCUCGGACCUUCCAGAAUGAUAAGAAGUGCGGAGAAUAUAGGGAUGAGUCACUGCUGUCAGAUCCCGUCACCCUGUACAGCCUCUACAGUCCACUCUACAGAGCUCUGGCCACCACUCAGCUGCAGUGUAACCUCCAGGACUCCAGAAACUCCAGGAAUUUGUCCCUCAAAUUCAGCCCCAAUCACCAGGACUCCAGCAGCUGUGCAUCUUAUGAGGGGAGCCCGAGUCCUGGCCCGCAGGGAGAGAGAUGCACUGUAUUACAUGGGACACAUUGCUUGUGAAGUGGAGGGCUCUCCGGACCGUUUUCUUGUGGAGUUUGAGAAAUGUCAUGCUUUCAAGGGAAAAGCUCAGUUCCGCAUGCAGGAGACACCCGUCUGUGACAUCAUCCAUUAUGAGGAUGCAAGAUGGAGGCCUUUAGUUCCUGGAGACCAUGUGUUGGCACCGCUGGAUACCGGUAUGGAGCAGUACGGACCAGGAACCAUUUUAAGAGGAGCAGAGAACCGAGACAGAGGCCUAGCUUUUGAUAGCAAUGGAGUUCUCGUAACAUUCUGGAACGGAAAGACCAAACAAGUUCCCGCUGGCCUCUCCGUCUGGAUACCACAGGACUUAAGUGACCGCAUCACUCUGGAGCUCCACAUCCCAUUGGAAGCCCGGAAGAAGCUGAUGGAGUCCUGCCCCGGGUUCCCUUUCAUAGGGACCGGCUAUAAACAUCCCCAGUGCCAGGCCGAAGAAGCAACUCUUACACUCGGCUCCGACAAGUGUUUGUAUUGCCGUUCUGGACCUUAUGUUUGUCAGAGGUGCCAUGUACCAGAGGAGCUGUGGGCAGCUCUGAGAAACUCCCUGAACCAUAUCAACAAUACGACUUCAGCCAAGGAGAAAUUGGCCAAAAAAGUAGACAAGAAGAAGGAGCUUAAACAAAAUGUUUCUUCAAAGACUGUCCACACCAAAGACAAGGCUAAACCUCAGAGGAGAGUCCUACUAGAGAGGGAAGGAUCUCAGCAACAGAAGCAGAAAGAACAUGUUAUCUGUAACAGAGACACCCAGACAGAAGGAAUGAGAAGAUCAGACAGCAGUCCAAUCAAAUCUGCCUUGAAAACAACAGACGAUGAUUCAAUGCCUUCCUCGUAUAAUCCCUCGAGACUGAACAACAUGACACAUCUCCGGGCCACGUUGGAGCGUAUCAAUCAGGCAAUGAAAGAGGACCGAAAGGCUAUGGAAUCUGCUUUACUUGAGCGCCGACCGCGCUCCGCUCCUCUCAAAUUGAACUACGAAGCAAAGGCAUGGAGCAACCAAGAGCUGAGAGAGAAGAAGGAAACAGAAAAGACCAAACUAUGGAGGAUGCAGGCAGAAGAGAGACAGAGGAGGAGGGAGGAGAAAUUCAAGGAGAUGGAAGAGAGAGAAGACGCAUUGCAAGACAGCAGAAGACUACAUUCACAGCAAAGAGUUCUACUUGACCUGGAGAGGAGACAGAACCAAGAGGGCUUAGAGGCCCAACAGGCUGAGACCCGCAGGGCAGUGGCUGAAGAGAGGAGCAGGAAGAAGGAUGAAGAUAUGGGGAGGGAGUGGAGGAAAGAGGAGGACAGAAUGAAGUACUGGAGAGAGCACCGGCAGCAGAGAGAGAGCGUAGAGGUGGAGAAGAGCUGGAAAUUCUACGAACAGGAAGAGAGGCAGAAGGAAACUGCCCGUAGCCAGAUGGAAACACAGCAGAGACAGCAGGAGGCAGAUCUCAGAGAAUGGCACCGACACCAGCUGCUGCAGUCAGGAUCCAAGCGCAGAAUUUCCAACAAGCUGGAGCAGUUCUACCGGCAGGUGGAGCAGGAGCCUAAGAAGGACCAAGACAUGCAACAGUACUUGAAGGACCACAAUCUCCAGAUGCUGCGCUCAGCUAUGGUCCUGUGA